CCUCCGAGCCUUCCGAAAAGGCCUUCUCCUUCUCGUUUCCCCCCCUCGCUCGCCGCCAGCUUGGCUUGCUUGGAUUGGCCUCCCCCGCGGCCUAACGCCGCGCACCAAAGGUCUCACUCUUGCCCAGGGCCGCUCCGUGCGUGCAGCCGAUUAUCGCCGAGGGCACGCUCGACGACGAGCUGGCCCUCGUGGUCGCCAUCCUCCACGAGCGCCGCCGCGGGGCGCGCUCCCGCUGGGCCGGCUACCUGGCCUGCCUGGAGCACGACGAGCCCCGCUCGCCGGCGGGCUGGACACGGCAGGAGCAGGAGCUGCUCGCCGGCACCGAGUGCGACCGCUGCGACGCCGCGGGCUGGCGCGAGGGCGCCCCGCGGAGGCGCUCGGAGCAGAGCCGGGAGCUCCUGAGGGGAAUGGCCCCCCUGCUGCGCCGCCUGAUGCCGCGGGCCCCCCCGGUGGCUGCCGCCGAGUUCGCGCGGGCUAUGUACUGGAGCGAGUCGCGGGCUUUCGAGGUCGCAGGCCCUGGCGGCUCCCGUGAGAUGCUGUGCCCUUUCAUGGACAUCUUCAACCACAAGGCGGCGGUGGUGCCGCGACAAGGCGCGGCGCUCGCUGGGCCCACGCGCGGCGCGCCGCGCCCAGACGUCGCCGUGUGCAGCGGCGGGCCGGCAGGCCGCGGGGGGGUCUCCGUCGUGGCCGUGUCGCGCGUGGAGGUCGGCCGCGAGGUGUUCAACUGCUACGGCGAGCACGGGAACGCCAAGCUCCUGAUGGACUACGGCUUCUGCUGCGAGGGCAACCCGCACGACAGCCUCGUCCUUCGCCCGGCGGACCUCGUCCGCGCGGCCGCCGCCGCGCAGGGCGAGCCCCCCGCCAAGAUCCGCGCGCGCCUGCGCGACGUGCUCCGCCCCUGGCGCUUCGUGUCCGCGGCGGCUGCCAGGCGGGAGGCCUGCGGCGACGCCGCCGACGCGGAGGACGAGGACGAGGACGAGGGCGAGCUCUGCGUAAACCGUGGGAUUCCUGCAGGCAUGCGGUUCGAGCGCGCGGGAGGCAUGCCCGAAGGCCCCGCCUUCCAGGCCGGCGGCGACGACGCCCGGAGGUACGGCCACGAUGGCGGCUCCGCGGACCCUCGUCGCAGCGGCUCGGUGCAGCCUGGCGCGUGGAGGGAGGCCGUCAUGGUGCUGGCGCUCGCCGCAGGGGUGCUGCUCUUCGGCAAGGACAUCGUCGGGGAGAUGCUGCACAGGUGCAAGAACAUUGGCUGGCACACCCCAGAGCAGAGCUACUCCGAGGAGGCGGCCCACGGUGUGGACGAGUACUUCCCCAUGCACAUGCGGGGCGCGAUUGUCAUGGCGAUUGAGGCCGUCGGGAGCACGCCCGACGUUCUCACGGACGCGGUCGCCGACUUCUCCAGGAACGUCAGCCGGAGCUGUGCCGAAGAUCCGCGGGUCACGCCGUACGCGCCCCUGGUGCUGGGAUACUACCUGGACGCCGGCGGCUACCACCCGCCUGAGGAUCUCCUGAGGGCCGAGUUUGUCUCCGCCGACCAGCGGAUGACCAUCCUCGUCAUCCAAGCCACUAAGAUGAGCGGCAAUUGGAAUGACGCCAACGCGUUCCUCCAGGAGUAUUGCGGCUUGGCUCCACCAGGCUACGUGCUGCACAUCACCGGCAUACCGGAGGUGCUCGGCGGCGACGGGUGUUUCGAGGGCGUGCAUGCGAAGGUGAACACGAGGGACAUGAGCUUCGAGUGCAUCUUCCGGGCGGAGAUGUGCACCCUGCCCGUCGCGAUGUACAUCGUAGGCAGCAUCGUGAAGAGCGGGCGGCUCCUGGUGCUGCCCCUCGUCACGGUGGCCGUCUCCUUUGUGGUCGGCGCCCUCCUGACGAUACCCUGGAUGAGCUCCGUGAAGGUGCCCCCCGACGCGGUGGCUGCCAUGGGGUCGGUCACCCUGGCGCUCUGCCUAGACUACAGCCUCUUCAUCCUCAGCCGGUUCGCCGACCAGCACCGCGAGGGCAUGCCGCUGCAGCAGAACAUAGACCUGAUCCGCCGGUACACCAACCGCACCAUAGCUGUCAGCGGCUCCCUGGUGACCAUCGCUCUCUUCGGCAGCCUCCUGCUGCCACAGGGGAACCUGCAGGGCUCGGGGGUCGCCCUUGGCUGGGUGACCAUCGCCUGCGUGGCCACCAGCACCGUGCUGAUGCCCGCCAUGCUGCUGGUCUUUGGCCACGCGCUCGUCGGCUCCUCGGGCGUUCCCCUGAGGCUCGGUGACCACCAGCUGCAGGGCUACGUAGACCACGAGGAGACGAGCGACGCCGUGGGGCCGAGGGCGCAGGGGCAGGAAAAGAGCAGCUGGCUCUCCGUGGCGAGGCUCGUGGACCGCUCCCCCGUCGCCGCCAUGGUGGCCGUGCUCGCCCUGACCUCUCCCGCGCUCUUGAAGUUCCCGGAGAUGAACAUCACUGGGGACGCCUUCGCCAUGAUGCCCAUGGACAUGCCCGCCCUCGCGGCGCUCCGGCGCGUGCAGCGGGACUUCCCGGUGGGUUUCCUGGAACCGUUCACCAUCGUGGUGACGGCCCCGGAGCAGGGCGCCGGCAGGGUCGACCUGAACCUGGAGGUGAUGGACGGGCUGUCGUCCGCUCGCGGCCACGACCUGCAGGCCGCGGCCGCGCACCUCGGGCUCGACGGCGGAGAGGCGGCCGGCCUGGCUGGGCUGCUGGCGUCGGCCAGCAGCGCGCUGGGGGCCCAGGAGGGCGCCGCGCAGCCGCCCGCGGAGGCGUGCGGGCCCGCGUCCCGCAUCGACGCGGCCGUCCGGGCCGGCUCGGCGUUGGAGCGGCAGAGGGCCGGGGGCGCCGGCGACGCCGUGGCGCUGGCCUCCGCGGCGAGGGCGGCGAGGACGGUGGCCUGCAACACCAGCGAGGUCUUCGAGGCCGUUGCCGCGGCCGCGCCGCUGCUGCGGCGCCGGCGGGCUGGCGCCGCGGCCGAGGAGGCU